AUGUCCAUAAUAUCGAAUAUCACCUGCAUCUUACGGAAUAUACGAUUACCAAUAGUUCCAAUUCGAUAUAAACAUCCAAGUAUCGAUUAUUCAAGAGUUCCAGUUUUAAAUGAGAAGGACAUAGAAGAACAACAUGUUCGAGGAAGUGGUCCAGGAGGUCAAGCCACAAAUAAAACAUCCAAUUGUGUGAUUCUUAAACAUAUACCAACUGGUCUAGUCGUAAAAUGCCAUCAGACUCGAUCGUUAAUUCAGAAUCAAAACAUUGCUAGAACGAUAUUGAUUAAUAAGUUAGAUGUAUUUUUAAAUAAUGAAAAUAGUGUGGAGGCACAAACUAAAAGACUGAUAGAGAAAAAUUCAAAGCAGAAGGAAAGUAAAAAAGAAAAGUUACGACGGAUUAAAAGCGAAUGGAAAAAACGCGAAGGUUUAGAUUAAUGUACAUUUUAUAAUAUCGU